AUGGCUGCAGCUUUUGAGACUCAGCGCGAUUUCCGCAGCGCCCACAAAGACUUCAAGCGCGCCAAGGACUCCCACGUCAAGUGGUCCUACGGCACCCGUCCGCCGGCUGGCGUUCGGCUUGACAUCAUCACGCAGCAGCCCCUGAACGGCACCGAGGGCCAGCUGUCCAAGGCUCGGCCGCUGCAGAAGUACAGCGACAUUUCUCACCCCAGCCCCAGGGAGAAGCCCAGACACAACAUGGUCAAGACCAGCCGAGGCAACUUUGACUUGCCGUCCGGCCUCGUCCGGGUCAAGCAGAGCGUCCGGGAGGAGCUGGAGCACGGCACCCAGUCCGAUCCCAUCGAGUCCUCCCGAGAAUUCCCAACGCAGGACGAGUUCCUGUACAACUUUGACAAGGCCGGCUCUCCGGCGACGGGGCUGUCCCUCGACGUCUUUGUCAGGUCCAACCCGCGGGCCAUGGAGAAGCUGGUCGAGAAGGAGUACGAGGUGCUCGACGCCAACGGCGAUGCCCUCAAGGGCAAGAAGGCCCGCCAGACCCUGCGCCAGAAGGCCGCGUCCGACCCGGGCGUCGAGAAGUCGACCCUCGAGGAGGAUGGCUUUGAGCUUGUCUAA